AUGGAGAAGCUGGUCUCCUCAGCCCCGUCCCACGAACUGCUUGUCCCGCCGCCGGCCGUCUCUCUUCCCAUCAUCGACCUCUCCCUCGGCCGCGACGAGGUCCGCCGUGCCGUCCUUGACGCUGGCAAGGAGCUUGGUUUCUUCCAGGUGGUCAACCACGGCGUCCCUGAGCAUGCGAUGUGGGACAUGGAGGCGGUGUGCGAGGAGUUCUUCCGCCUGCCGGCGCCGGAUGUGGCACCCUUCUACUCAGACGACAGAUGCAAGCCCAACCGGCUCUUCUCCGGCAGCACCUUUGAGACCGGCGGCGACAAGUACUGGACGGACUGCCUCCGCCUCACCUGCACCUUCCCCGUGGGAGACAGCAAGAAUCACUGGCCCGACAAACCCCAAGGACUCCGGGAGGUUGUCGAGAAGUUGAUCGUGCUCACAAGAGGCAUGGGAAUGGGUUGGGGCUCCGCCACAACUACUUCGAGGGGCCCCUCGGUGGUAGUGAAACCAUCAUUGGCCUUAACCACUACCCGUCAUGCUCAAACCUGGAUCCGGGACUCGGCCUUGGGCUGCCGCCACACUGUGACAGGAACCUCAUCACGCUCCUCCUACCCGGUGCUGUCCCUGGCUUGCAGGUCUCAUACAAGGGCGAUCGGAUUACCGUUGAGCCCGUGCCAAAUGCCUUUGUCGUCAACUUCGGCUUGCAACUUGAGUUGUGACCAACGGGGUGCUAAAGAGCAUUGA